AUGUCAUUUCUCGACUUUUUGCGGGACAAGGGCAACAAGGAGACUCCUCCACCACAAACAAACACAAAUCCCAUUGCUGGCGUUUCAUUCUCCAAGCCAGAGAGUGUGCCGGUCGUGCCAGAAAUUGUAACGGCGAGCGAUGUUCUGGCAAACGCCUAUGACCCCAGCAAACUCCAUCCACUUGCUGGUAUUGGAGACAAGCUAGACUAUCUAUUGCUCGACGAUGACAAGCUGAGCACUUUGCCCGGAGGAGCUACCGCCCUGCCUUCGCGCGGUUGGAGCGACGAUCUGUGUUAUGGAACAGGCACUACUUAUUUGGCCGGGAUUGGCGGUCUAUGGGGACUACGAGAAGGAGCGGCGCGACCUCUUGCCGUGUCCAAUGCGCGUUUGAGACUGAACAGUAUCCUCAACGGCGUAACCCGACGUGGGACCUUCUUGGGUAAUUCUGCCGGUGUUCUAGCCCUCAUUUACAAUGCCGUAAACUCGACCAUUGACUCUGUGCGCGGAAAGCAUGAUAUUUGGGGAGGGAUGGCUGCAGGAGGUAUCUGUGGGGCUUUAUACAAAAGUACAGCUGUGCAACCAUCGCUAGCAUUCCGUGUCUCGAUAGUUCGCCUUCUCUCCAAAUCCGAGGCCAUUCCAACCAUACUCCGCCCGCCUCUCCUCAAAAAGUCCUUACGUCAAUCCUCACUGCGCCUCCAAGUCCCCAAGCCCCGCAACCGCGAGCGCAUCUCUAUUCGCGGCCUCACGCACUCUGCAACUACACAAGCUCAAGCUCCAUUACCUUCGCCUACGGCGAAUGUCCCAUUCCUUUCAGUCUCUCGUCGAUCUACAUCCGGCUCAAAGGGCUACCAACUCGUCAUUCUUCAAGAGCCUACCGCCGGUGCGGCUCAUGGAAGCCAGUAUCUGUCGAGGGUACCCCUCGCGCCCGCUCUCAUCAUUCGUUUGGACGUUCUUGAUCCUUCUCAACGCCGACUACAAGUGUAUGGACCGCUUAUUCUUGGCAAAAAUGACGAUGAGAUACCCUUUUUUGUGUGCACUAUUCAAUUACUAGACGAGAACGCACUCCCUGUUCGAGAUCCACCCGAUGAACCCAGCAGUGCAUCCGCCCAGCCUUCGGCACAACGUCUCCUCUACGGAUCGCUGGUUUCGUCGCCACGUCAGUAUCAGGACAGAGGGCAAAUAUCGGCUGGGGAUCAGUUUAACCCGUUUGCGUAG